ACGCAGCAACGGUGUGGUUCGCGCGCGCCCGCGCGCGCGAAGGAAUCGCAUAACACAUCGCGUGCACUCGGCGCGUGCCAGCAGUCAAGAGAGCGUGGUGUCAGCGCCGGCUUCUCUUUUGUGCCGGGUGCCGCUGAGGUGUUUGCGCGUGUUUGCGCGUUACUCGUCUUUGUAAGAAACACAGUGUGCGCCGUACUACGACACUGCCAACGGUUCCUUCGCAGCCACUUACUUUUUGUCUCGCCGAUUUCACUUGGGUUACCACAAGCCGGGCAGACUUCUACUAUCACCACCACCGAGUGCCACAGCCUCUUUGGGGCCCAAUCGGCGUGGCCCUGGCAUCGGCCGACCCGCUGGAGCAGUGCGGGCGCUUCGCCGCCGUCUGCCACCGGAGGUCGCAUCAUGUACGGAUCGCGGCAGGAACCCCUGCACCGGGACGCCAUGAUGGCGCUGGCCACCACAGGAGCCGAGUGGAGGCCGCAGGAGGAGGACGAGGCACACAGCCAGGCUGCCUGGGCGCCAUGCGACGCCUCCUGGGCGACGCCGCGAUUCCUGGAGGACGAGACACUGCAGUGCAUCCCGCGAGAGAGGUCGGUGCUGAUCAAGAACUGCCUCAAGCUCACCAUCAAGCAGCGGAGGGAGGCGCUAGGCCUCGGCGACAUAGAACCGGAGUACAAGGCUCCCGGACCGGAUCAGCUGACGAAGGAGGACGAGGAGAAGCGAAGGCGGCGCCGCGAGCGGAACAAGAUCGCCGCCUCCAAGUGCCGGAACCGGAAGAAGGAGCGAACCGUGCGCCUGUGCGAGGAAUCGGAAGGAUUGCAAAGGGGCAAUGCCGAGCUGCGCCGGGAGCUGCAGAGGCUACGUCUCGAGGUUCAGCAUCUGACGUCACUGCUGCGACUACACGUUUGCAUCGCCUCGCCGGCAGUGUCGUCGGCGACAGAGGCCUUCCUCGGAGGUGGAGCAACCUGCCUCUGACGACACCCAAAGUUUCGCUUCGCCGCUGCUGCUUCGGCACCAAUCAGCGCAGCCUGGUUGACUCUCAAUUUCCCAGGACAUUCGCUUACACCGGACGAUCGUUGUAAACGCUGCCGUGGGUGGUCUGCCAGAUGAGGUGCUUCAUUGACAGUGUACCGAAGCGGAUUUCCAAUAGAACUGUUUCCGCGUUAUGAGAAGACCAUCCUUUUUUUUCUAUGGCAUGUCAGAGAACACUGCGAUAAACAACGUGUGACUUUUUUGAGAAGGCUUGACGGCAACUUUUGUCUAAAGGUCAGCCUUGCACCGACAUAUUGAAAGUGAAGAGCAAGAGUUCGCUUUUCAUAGCGUUAGCAACACGUUAAGCCGCAACGUUUGGCCUUGCUCGGAUUUUACUCGUCCGCGUAACAGCUGCAUGUGAGCAAAAUUGGAACUCGCAUAGGAGUGAUUGCGUAAUUGAAGUGGAGUACAGCGUCGCAAACAGUGUCGCUAUAUGAUAAAUGCUGGCAUUGUCACCUGUGCUUAUUGUGCACUCUCAUAAUGUUGUAGUGAGAACAACUUUUUGUCGAAGAAUGUGCCUGACUGCGGACUCCAAAACAAAUUUUGCCACUUACCCCACUUGAGGCCCUCCACUAUACCUUGAAGAGAUGAUCUGAUCCUUUGGGAGGCCGCGGCUCAGCUUUUGGUGCAUUGCUGUCAACGCAAGACUACGCCUAGGCCUUACAGGGCGUUUGAGGCAUGAUCAUCUAUGCAUUGAGCAAACAAGCAGAAACUGAACUUGUGGGGCCUCGUCCUUAGCUAGAAUGCAAUCUUGUCCCCCUCAUCCUUAUAGUGCCCUCGCGCACCACCACCAUUAUGGUGAGUCAUUAUGCUGUGCUACUAGCUGUACUCGCUUUUACAAAGGACAUCAGGGCAAGUGAAUGGGUAAUUGUACCGAGGAUUAUCAUAAUAAUCAUCAUCACUGUCAUCACCAGCCUAUCUUUAUGUCCAUUGCAGGACGAAGGCCUCUCCCAGCGAUCUCCAAUAACCCGUCUCCCGCUAGCUGAUUCCAACUUGCCAAAUUUCCUAAUCUCAUCACCCCACCCAGUUUUCGACCAUUCUCGACUGCGCUUCCCAUCCCAAUUGGCACCCGUUCUGUAAAUCUAAUGGCCCACCGGUUAUCUACCCUACGCAUUACAUGGCCUGCAGAGCUCCGUUUUUUUAUCUUGUCAACUAGAAUAUCGGCUGCCCUCUUUUGCUCUCUCAUCCAGACCGCUCUCUUCCUGUCUCUUAACGUUGCCCCCAGCAUUUUUCGUUCCAUUGCUCUUUGUGCGGUCCUUAACUUGUUCUCGAGCUUCUUUGUUAACUUCCAAGUUUCUGCCCCAUAUGUUAGCGCCGGUAGAAUGCGAUGAUUGUAAGAUUUUCUUUUCAACGACAGUGGUAAGCUCCCAGUCAGGAUUUGGUAAUGUCUGCCGUAUGCACUCCAACCCAUUUUUAUUCUUCUGUAAGUUUCCUCAUGGUUAGAGUCGCCUGUGAGUAAUUGACCUAGAUAAACGUACUCAUUCACAGACUCUAGAGGCUGACUGGCUAUCGUGAAUUCUAGUUUCCUUCCCAGGCUAUUGAACAUUAUCUUUGUCUUCUGCGCGUUAAUAUUCAACCUCCCUCUUACACUUUCUCGGUUAAACUCCUUAAUAAUUUGACGUAAUUCAUCCCUAAUGUUGCUGAAUAGGACAUCGUCAUCGGCAAACCGAAGGCUGCUGAGAUAUUCGGCCUUGAUACUCACUCCUAACCCUUCCUAGUCUAAUAGUUUGAAUACUUCUAAGCAUGCAACAUGAAGUAUGCAGCAGCGGUGCCGAAGGUAGUGCCCCAAAUAUAGUGCAUAUGCGAACUUAUUUCAAUAGCUGCGAUGCCAAAACAGCAAUUUUUCAGUCAAAGGGUGUUCAAGGAUGCGCAGUGAUGGUAGCAUUAAUGUGCCAGAAUCAAUAUCGCGCCACUUGUCCUUCAGCAAAAGCAUGCUUGCACAGCACAUCCUUUGUAGUGUCAUCAUGUGCACUGCCACUCCUGAGCUGUAACCUGUAUGUCAAACUCUAGGGGGAAAAACGAACUGGUAAUCAUAGAAAGAACGCUAAGCAGUAGUACUCAUUUGGGUACUACGACUCUAUCCGGGGGUGAAACGCGAUGAACCAGUUGCAAUUGGAUGGUGGUAUAGGACUUCGUACUUCAGAUUUUUCUGAGCAUCAUUUGUAUUGGCCUUUAUCUGUAAUCAGAGCUUCUCGUGCUGAUGGAUUGAUUAAAUUGCAUAUUCGCUUCUUUAGAGCGGGUUCACGGUGCUGACUUCAUUUGAGCUUUCGCUUGGCCAUUCUAGGCGACGUCCAUCGACUUGAAUAAGCACAGUGGAAAUGAUUGCUCUGAAACCUCGCAGAUCACGCCUCUUUGUGCAAAUAAUGAAGCGUGAGUUUCUUUGAUAUUAGAAGCAGAUUUUGCAGCACAUGAAAUCCAGCAAAUAUCGCUUCACAUGAACACUUGUUCCAGAAAACUUCUGCAUCUUCAUAAGCACACAAAUAAAUCCCACAUUGGCCUAUAUAAGCACCAAUCUAUUUGUCACUCAAAGUCAUAUCUCACUCAAAAUCUUAAAGACUUAAAUGAGAACGACAGUGAUCGUGUAAGUGCUCAGUUUCAAAAGCUGUUAGCUCACACUCUUUUAAAUGCUUCCAAUUGAUGAAGACGUAAAGGUGUGCCUACAGGCUUCACAGUUAUUACAGUGGUGGGAUGCUUACAGUAUCAUGAACACUGAAGUAAAUUUACCCCCUGUGAAAGAAACCGAAUGUGUGCUAUUCACUGCCAUUUUGAAUGCUCUCUACUCUGCUCGGAGAACCUGCCGCGCUAUAUCACGGCAUACAAAAAAGCUUCAAAAAAGCGCUUCUGAAUGCACGAAUUUUGAGCGAGUAGCGAAGUUUGGAACGCUGUUACUGAGUUGGCCAUGCACGGUUUUGAAGUUGCUAACUUUACUGCAUGAAAGAAAAAUGUCGCGAUAAAUAUUGAGAAAACAUUCUUAUCAUGAUGCGAAUCAUCGGCUUAUAGAUAGGACUUGCGCUAAAAGGGGUUGUGUAAAUGUGUAUUAUGAUAGGUAGAGGUGAAGGGGGCUUGGUAAUUUCAGGGGAUAGUCGGAAUACACAUUUCAAUACACAAAAAAUUAAAUGGUGUUUCGUACAUUUCUGUGACUGUUGUAUAUGCCGGUACACUAGUGGCAUUUCGAUUUGAUCAAAAGGGGGCAGGACCUUAAGAUUCACCAUGCACGAGAGGCCCACGAUCCUUAAUGUGGUCAUGUUUGAAAUUUUAUUUUGUGUAUGAGAAAUAUUGUUUAUUCGUGCGGAAAUCGCAACCAUCCUCCAAUUUGACAGGAUGAAAUGUGGAGACGUCGGCGCAUCAGGAACAACUGCAGCCUGUGGAUUCUUCAGUACUCGUCUAAAGCAAGGCAUCCGUAGUGGCAUACUGUGAACUGCAAUCACCUAAGAACCUGAAAAAUGCACGUCUUUCUCAAACGCAAAUUCUAGAAAAGCAGGGAUGGUUAGACAGUUGUUUGCCUAUCAUGUGUACUGAGAAAAUUGGCAUAUCGUAUUGUUGGCAUAGAGUUGCAAGGCACGUAAAGAAACUGGCCCUACCUGCUGUGACCAAAGGUUCGCAACAAGAUUUGCGGGAGAUUUAGCUUGUUUUUCGAAAAUAUAACAUGUGGAAGCACAUCAAAAGUACGGUCAAAGAAAGGCCAAUCGGGUAAGCAAAAAUUAUAGCAGAGGUGAACGUUUGCAUCGCUCUUAUAAUUAGCCACCUGAAAAGACAAUAGCGCAUGGUUCGGGGUAUUCAAGGAAGUGUCUUAACAGCUAUGAUAUGGUUUAUAGGUGUCUUAUUCUCCUUGGAUAGAGUGUACAAUAAGCCUAUCUGCUUCUCAGUGCUCGCGUUCCGGAUGAACCUGUUUCUUUUGAGCCGCGUUACUCUAAGCAAGGAGGUAAACCAUCGCAAUAAACGCAUUCACAGAGACAAGAAGGGCACAGGUCGAUGCUGAACUAUCAACUAAACUUAUUGUUUACAGAAACCCGCAAGGUUCUCACCAGGUACAUGUGCCAGCGUAAGACGACACUGUACAGCCACACUUUUUUCACAUGUCAUUUACCCAUGAUUUUGUCUAGUUCGCUGGUUUAAUUCAUUGCUCACCAGUUACCGAAUCGCUCGGCACUUAGCCUCGCUGCAUUAAUCUAAAAAUUGAAUAAUUCCUCUCAAGCGGGAUGCGUUUUACACUCCAGGGAUCCGCCUUUGAAGCUCGCAUACAUCCGUGAAUCGUCAUCGGCUGUUACCGAGGCGAAAAACUUAACUGUCAUUGUUUCGUAAGCUUACGCUAUUGACUAUGUUGUUACAAUGGAAAGCAAGCCGCCUUUUUUCCUGUUUUUCCUGUUUCUUAUUCAGAGAUACCUUUUUGCACUAUAGGGACCCUUGUGGCCAUUCCGUGUUCCUAUCACUUGCUGUAAAUACCCGUGUUUCUCUACAAUCACCUCCUCAACUUACUGUACAGUGUGUCACGAUGCACUGAAUUUGCGGUGGCAAGACAGAUAUACUUAAUAGUCACGAACGUUCUUGCAAUAUACUUUCCAGAUACGCAGCCAACAAGAGUGUUCCAUCCACCGUCUUUUGGCUACUUGUCCUUACUGCCCAAAACACUGGUAUAAUUUUCUAGGAGGGCGCAUGUAAAAGAGCCUAUUUCGGCAUGAGGAAGCACGAAAAAAGUGUAUUUAGUGGUAACGGACACUGCCAGCCUGACUGUAUAGCAGGAUUCGAGACAUGAGUAGACCAAGAAGUCGUGUGUGAUGCGGUUGUUGACAUUUGUCUAAACCUUCCCUAAACUGUGUCUUGCUCGUAUACGAGAAACAAUAGGUUGUGCAAUCUUCGCACAUGAGCAGUUUGAUGCUGAAGCUACUGAGUGUCUAAUGCAGUCUACUAAAUGCGUGUCUGUGAAUUCUCUUUUUGAAUCUCUGAAGAAGUGAUAAUAACCGUCUGUCGCGCUGUGAUGUCGCUCCUCUUGAGUCCUUGAAUGUUGUGGGAGUGUUUUCACGCUUGAAUUUAUGUCGCCUGGUAUUAUUUUUAUGCAGUUUGAAGAUACGCUUGUUAAACGAAAUGAAGGAGUUCUGCAUAACUAGUGCGCGCAGCGCAUUGCAAUGCCUAGUAAGAUUUCAAGAAACAUUACACUUUUUUUAUAUACUCAUCAAUUUUGACAUGCGUAUUGGAUGUAUGCUGUGCGAAAGCCUCAUUUUCUCUGACGAGCAUGCCAGAAUGUCACUUGUGAUGUGGUUGUGUCAAAGUGUAUAAGAACAAUUACACUUCUUGUGCUUUACUUGUUGUGUUUCAAGUGUGUGACGUGAUGAAAUGCUAAGGAUGUGAGAGUGUCUGCGGAAGAAGCGACAUUGAGGUGCAGUUGCUGAGCUUUGUAUCUGCAAAAGUUACUGUGAUUUUUUAAUCAAAUGGACUGUAGAGUGUGAAUAGUGGUAUGAACUCAACUUUUGAUGUGAAAUUAACAUUCCACAAGCCACUUUAUGAUACAGUGUUUGAUGACGAAAUAUGCAAGGUUUUAAGGAGUAUUUAUUUUGUACUGUGUGAUGUCCAGGCAUGUUUCGUUAUAUUGAUGUUGAAGAUGAAAGCCAGGCGCAAAACAUGUUCAAGAAACAUGACUUGAUCGCGUAAGUGCGUAAGUUGCGCUGCUCAGUUGACCCAGGGACACUGACAAUAAAAUACGAAAUGGCUGGCUGACCACUUUCAGAACGUUUGACGUAAACCUCGCACCUUGGUCAGUAACAAUUUCCUUUGGUAGUCACCGCGACAAAGAAAUCAAGAUGAGUCUUCUGCAAUGGAAAAACCAUGAAUUGGCGGAAGUAACGCAUUACCUGGAUAACGCGUGGCAAAGUCAAUGAACGUAAGAACGUUUAGAUUCUUUCAGCCAGGUGGAGUGGGGAAGAGGGCUUUUGGUGAAUCCUUUCAGAAGUGGUUUGGAUCAGAGGUCUGUGUGAGCUUCGUGUCUAUGUGCCUGUGCACAUAAACAUUUAAGUCAUUGAGCUGCGAAACGUACACCAUGAAGUCAUGUCAUGCGAACUUGCCCCCGUCGAAUCACAUCUAAACUUCAAGAAACAAGAAAUCAAGCAUCAAAGCGUGCUCAAAUUAGCGCGAUAUUCUCAGUGUAGAUGAUGGCUUGAAGAUGCACGGUUGGUGUGAAACGUGAACGAGCACGAGAGUAUCUCAAAACUGGUUGAAGGUCGUCCCCUUGAAGUUGUUGGAGCAAAAAGCGGUUCUGCCAGCUUAACGUUGACCCCAGUCUCUGACUUUUGUUUUCGAAAUGUUACCCCUUUUUAUUGUGAUACAGUUGGAAGCAAUGUGAAUAAAGCUGUCGCUAGAUGUUUUGUGUAUUAUUAAGCAACCUCGAUUUCCGCGUAUAUCUAAUUACCUUUUCGAGGAAUUCGACAGCACUUAUGAAGCCAUCGUUAUGGGCAGUCGCGUUCAGCUACUUCGUGCAGUCACUGUGUAGCUGCUGUAGACUCGUCUGCGCUGUUGCAGCGUUGUGUGGA